AUGUCUGAUUCUCAAGAAUCCAUUAAGGUUUUAGAAGAACUUUUCCAAAAGCUAUCUGUUGCUACUCCAGAAAACAGAGAUGCUGUUGCCACUGAAGUGUCUAGCUUCUUAAACGGUGGUAUCAUCGAACACGAUGUCCCAGAACAAUUCUUCGCUACUUUGAAGAAGUCUAUUAAGGACAAGAAGACCGCUGCUAACGCUCUAGACGCUGUCGCUCACAUCGCCAACGAUGCUGGUUUGUCUCCAUCUGUUGAACCAUACAUGGUUGAAUUGAUUCCAGAAAUCUGUGCUAAGGCUGCUGACAAAGAUAAGGAUACUCAAGCUCUUGCUGCCAAGGUUUUAGUUUGUCUAGCUACUUCUAUCAACCCAGUUGCUGUUAAGGCUUUCCUACCACAUUUGACUUCUGCUUUGUCUACUACUUCUAAAUGGCAAGAAAAGGUCGCUAUCCUAGCUGCCAUUUCUGUCUUAGUCGAUGCUGCUAAGGAACAAGUCGCUCUAAGAAUGCCUGAAUUAAUCCCAGCUUUAUCUGAAGCUAUGUGGGAUACUAAGAAGGAAGUUAAGGCUGCUGCUACUGCCACCAUCACCAAGGCCACUGAAACUGUUGACAACAAGGAUAUUGACCGUUUCAUUCCAGAAUUGAUUGGUUGUAUCGCUGAUCCAAACUUAGUUCCAGAAACUGUUCACUCUUUAGGUGCUACUACUUUCGUUGCUGAAGUUACUCCAGCUACUCUAUCCAUUAUGGUUCCAUUAUUGGCUAGAGGUCUUGCUGAAAGAGAAACCUCCAUCAAGAGAAAAGCUGCUGUUAUUAUUGAUAACAUGUGUAAAUUGGUCGAAGAUCCACAAGUUGUUGCUCCUUUCUUAGGUAAGUUGCUACCAGGUCUAAAGAACAAUUUCGCUACUAUUGCUGACCCAGAAGCUCGUGAAGUUACUCUAAGAGCUCUAAAGACUUUGAGAAGAGUUGGUAACGUUGCUGCCGAUGACACUCUACCAGAAGUCUCUCACGCUGGUGACAUUGAAACUACUCUAUCUGUCAUUAACGAAUUAUUGAAGGGUGAAAACGUUGCUCCAAGAUUCAAGAUUGUUGUUGAAUAUGUUGCUGCUAUGGCUGGUGAUUUGAUUGAUGAAAGAGUCAUUGAUCAACACGCUUGGUUCACUCACAUUACUCCAUACAUGACUGUUUUCUUACAUCAAAAGACCGCUAAGGAUAUCUUAGAUGAAUUCAGAAAGAGAGCUGUUGACAACAUUCCAGUUGGUCCAAACUUCGAUGAUGAAGAAGAUGAAGGUGAAGAUCUAUGUAACUGUGAAUUCUCUUUAGCUUACGGUGCUAAGAUUCUAUUGAACAAGACUCAAUUAAGAUUGAAGAGAGGUAGAAGAUACGGUCUAUGUGGUCCAAACGGUGCUGGUAAAUCUACUUUGAUGAGAGCUAUUGCUAACGGUCAAGUUGAUGGUUUCCCAACUCAAGAAGAAUGUAGAACUGUCUACGUCGAACACGAUAUCGAUGGUACUAAGGCUGAUACUUCCGUUGUUGACUUCGUUUUCGAAGGUGAUGUCGGUACUAAGGAAGUUAUUGUUGCUAAAUUACAAGAAUUCGGUUUCUCCGAUGAAAUGAUCGCUAUGCCAAUUGCCUCCCUAUCUGGUGGUUGGAAGAUGAAGUUGGCUCUAGCUAGAGCUGUCUUGAAGAACGCUGAUAUUCUUCUAUUAGAUGAACCAACUAACCAUUUGGAUACUGUUAACGUCGCUUGGUUAGUCAACUACUUGAAGACUUGUGGUAUUACUUCUAUCACUGUUUCUCACGACUCCGGUUUCUUAAACAACGUUUGUGAAUAUAUUAUUAACUACGAAGGUUUGAAACUAAGAAAGUACAAGGGUAACUUGACUGAAUUCGUCAAGAAAUGUCCAGCUGCUCAAUCUUACUUCGAAUUAGGUGCCUCCGAUUUGGAAUUCAGAUUCCCAGAACCAGGUUACUUGGAAGGUGUUAAGACUAAGCAAAAGGCUAUCGUUAAGGUUUCCAACAUGACUUUCCAAUACCCAGGUACUUCUAAGCCACAAAUUGAAGACAUUUCUUUCCAAUGUUCUCUAUCCUCUAGAAUUGCUGUUAUUGGUCCAAAUGGUGCUGGUAAAUCCACUUUGAUUAACGUCUUAACUGGUGAAUUACUACCAACUAUUGGUGAAGUUUACACUCACGAAAAUUGUCGUAUCGCUUACAUUAAGCAACACGCUUUCGCUCAUAUUGAAUCUCAUUUAGACAAGACUCCAUCUGAAUAUAUCCAAUGGAGAUUCCAAACUGGUGAAGAUAGAGAAACCAUGGACAGAGCUAACAGACAAAUCAACGAAAAUGAUGCUGAAGCUAUGAACAAGAUCUUCAAGAUCGAAGGUACUCCAAGAAGAAUUGCUGGUAUCCACUCUAGAAGAAAGUUCAAGAACACUUACGAAUACGAAUGUUCUUUCUUAUUAGGUGAAAACAUCGGUAUGAAAUCUGAAAGAUGGGUUCCAAUGAUGUCUGUUGACAACGCUUGGUUACCAAGAGGUGAAUUAGUUGAAUCUCACGCUAAGAUGGUUGCUGAAGUUGAUAUGAAGGAAGCUUUAGCUUCUGGUCAAUUCCGUCCUCUAACCAGAAAGGAAAUUGAAGAACAUUGUGCUAUGUUGGGUCUAGAUGCUGAAUUAGUUUCUCACUCCAGAAUCAGAGGUUUAUCUGGUGGUCAAAAGGUUAAGCUGGUUCUAGCUGCCGGUACAUGGCAAAGACCUCAUUUGAUUGUUCUUGAUGAGCCAACUAACUAUUUGGACAGAGACUCCUUAGGUGCUCUAUCCAAGGCUCUAAAGGCUUUCGAAGGUGGUGUUAUUAUCAUUACUCACUCUGCUGAAUUCACAAAGAACUUGACUGAAGAAGUCUGGGCUGUUAACAACGGUAGAAUGACUCCAUCCGGUCAUAACUGGGUUGCUGGUCAAGGUGCUGGUCCAAGAAUCGAAAAGAAAGAAGAUGAAGAAGACAAAUUCGAUGCUAUGGGUAACAAGAUUUCCGGUGGUAAGAAGAAGAAGAAGUUAUCUUCCGCUGAAUUGAGAAAGAAGAAGAAGGAAAGAAUGAAGAAGAAGAAGGAACUUGGUGACGCUUACGUUUCCUCCGACGAAGAAUUAUAA